AGAGCGGAGAGCAAAGGUGACCGCAGCCACCCCGGCCCCACAGGCAGCCUGGCUCGGGCUGGGCAGGAGAGCAGAGCUCGGCUGGGGGCGGAGGGGGAAGUGCCCAGGAGGCUGAUGACAUCACCACCCAGCCCUUGAAAGAUGAGCUGUUCCCGCUGCCACUACAGCUCUGGCCUCUGGGCUCCAAGGAGGGGCGGAGACGGUGGGGACAUCAGGCUGCCUCGCAGUACCCAGGGAGUGACUGAAGUGCCCAUGCUGCUUGCUCCGGAGAAGCCCAGGUGUGGCCUCGCUCACAUCCCCCUCUGAGUCCGAAUGUUCUCUCCCUGGAAGACACCAAUGUUUUUGUCUGUUCGUGAGGACUCCAUGCCCACCACGGCCUCUUUCAGGUGCGGCCUAUGAUGAAGGUGAGCAGAUGGCCAUCUCAGCUGAGGCCACAGUGCACUGGACCUAUAGUUUCCAAUUCUGCACUCACCAGGCAUCUUUUUGAUGAUCCUAUGGCUUCUCAGAGCCAGGGAUGGGCCAGGAUCCAUCCCCUUGGCUAUCAAUUGUCUUGCUGAGAAAUUAAUAAGCAGCAUCUAGUGCUAUACUUUGGUCUCUAGUGAGUUAGCCUAUGAGAGAUGAUUGAUUCCCCAAGCCAGGGGUAUGGAGGAAAUGGGUUUUCUGUAGUUACAGAAAUGGGGUUGAGGCUUGGACCAAGGGGACUACCCAGGGGAAAUCUUACCUUCAGAGGACUCUGGAAAGGAGGCUGCAAGUUUUCAUGGCUCAAGAAUUCAGAGCCCAGUAGAGACAGUUUAUCUCUGUUCCAAGAUAUCUGGGGCCUUGGUUGGAAGACUCAAAGGCUGGGAAACCAGGAUCCACUGAAAGCUUAACUGGGGCCAGAGGAUCCACUUUCAAGGUGGCAACUUGGUUCCCCGCUCUGUGGCUGCUUGAGUAUCCUCACAUGGCGGCUCACAUCCUUCCAAGUAAGCAAUGCAAGAGGCCAAGAAAAAAGCUGCAAAGGAUGUUAUGACUUAGCCUCAGAAAUCACACACCAUCCCCGCCACCAUUGGUAAGAAGUCCAGCCCACAUCCAGGAGAAGAGGAAGCAGAUUCCUCCUUUUGAAAGGAAGAAUAUCAAGUAAUUUGGGGGCAGAUGAAAGUCACCAGGCACCACAGGGAUCUUUUCAGAGUAUACUUCUUAUACCAACACUGUAGUCCCUGAAGAUUCAGGGGCAAAGCCUCACUUCCUUAGCACCCAGUGAAGACCACACUUACUUCCUCACUCAGCCCCUUGCUACUUCUCACCUCUCCUGUCCAACAUCUAGUGUCACUUUCCAGAACAUACCAACAGCUUCCCCAGUUCUGUGCCUCUGCUCAGGCUGUUCCCCCUGCCUGGUCUGCUUGUCCUCCUUCUUGUGCCCUGUCGAGAUGCUUCUUAUCCUUCAAGACCCAGCUCUAGAGUCACCUCCAACCUUACCCACCUGCCCCUACUCCAAGUCUGUGUCCCACAUCUCUCCUGCUCCCUCCAGGGCACCCUCCACACUCUGGGCCCCAGUUGUCAGGAGUCAGGCAGGGCAGGGGCCGGGUGGUAUCCUCUCUGUGUUUUUGCACUCAAGGCAGAGCUCAGCACAGAGCAGAUGCUCCAAAAACAUUGAAAGGUUAAAAGCAUUGCUUUGCGGGUCCCCCAGUCUGGCUCCAGGAUGCCAGCCAGCUGCUCCUAGAAGCAAAGGGAAUUUUCCUGGGAAAUCCCAGAGGUGAUGAUCAGUAUCUCCUCAUGACUUGUAGCUCAGCUCUUCCUCCAUGAGCCUGUCUAGCAAUGCACCUCCCAGAAAGAGCACCUUUUCCUUCUCUCACCCACACCACAGGGCACUGGGAAAAUGCCCAGUGAGUCCUGUCCUCUGGGUUGUGCUUUGGACUUUUAAGUGUGUCUUCACAUCCACUCUUUGACUUGAAUCUUGCAACAACCAUGUAAAAAGAAAUGCAAAGCGAGUCAGGAUGAGAGCAAUACCCCACUCCCAAGAAGGCAAAAUAGAAGCCCAGAGACGUCAAGCAAUUUGCCCAAGAUCACACAGCUAGGAUUGGAACCCAGGUCUGUCCAAGCCCUAUGCCUCUGCUGAAGGUAGAGAUGAUUUACAGCAACAAGUCUAGAAAGGUACCUGCCCUGUGGUCUGUGAGUCUCACCUAAGAAUGAAAGAGGAGCCAGUAGAUUAAAGAUGGGGUCACCAACAAACGGUAGUGUUGGAGUUUACCACUGGUUAUUUUAAUAGGUUUGCAAGAAUAGUUAAUUACUAAUGUUUACUGAGCCAAGUGCAGUGUUUGGGGCAUUUUGUACAUUGUCUCAGAUCCCCAUCCCAACCCUGAGAGGGAGAUUUUUAAAUUCCCAUUUUACAGGUGAGGUCAUUGUGGUUCAAGGACGUUAAGUAACUUCCCCAAUAUCACACAGCUUAUAAGUAAGGCAGCCAGGAUGUGAACCCAGUAGGACUAUCUGGCUCCAAAGUCCCCACCCUCCUUCGCUAUCUGCAUCCUCCUAUUCUCUUCAGUGCUUUGCUGAUAGAAGGUACAGAAAUAUGAUGCCACCCCACACCAUCCAGGAAGACAGGAACUAAGCAGAUAGGCUGGCCUUGGUCUCUAAGCCAGACUGGAAUCUCCAGGUCUGGCAUGAUAUCAUUUUUCUCUUUUAAUGAAUUAACUCACCCAUCACAGGACUUUGAGAGGCUGAAAGGUGACCAACUCCCUUGGGAGGGGCCCAGAUGAUAAGGAAGGAAUGUGAAUCCUCCCAUCAUGGAAGCUUCAAGGAGGUCAAGGGUCCAAGACUUGAGAUUGUUAGUGCUGUUGAUGGAUGCUGGCCAAGGAAAUAUGCCAGUGGAGCCUUGAGAUGAAGAACAUGAGGCCCCAUUUAGAUCCAAGGAUCAGAGGGGGCUCUGUAAGACCCAGGGGAGUCAGGUGCGCCGAAGUGCUGGCCGCAGAAAGCAGCCUGAGCUCCACCUCGACUUCUCCACAUCCUGGCUGGUUGUCUUUAACCCCUGCCUCCUUCUGCACCAGUUUUUGUCCUUCCCUUGUGACCCUGAGGGGUAACAGCCUCUUUUCUACUUUUCUUUCAGCGCCGACAUGCUCAAUGUCACCUUGCAAUUGCCAGCUCUUAACGGGACCUUUGCCCAGAGCAAAUGCCCCCAAGUGGAGUGGCUGAGCUGGCUCAACACCAUCCAGGCCCCCUUCCUCUGGGUGCUGUUCGUGCUGGCCACCCUAGAGAACAUCUUUGUCCUCAGCGUCUUCUGCCUGCACAGGAGCAGCUGCACGGUGGCAGAGAUCUACCUGGGGAACCUGGCCGCAGCAGACCUGAUCCUGGCCUGCGGGUUGCCCUUCUGGGCCAUCACCAUCUCCAACAACUUCGACUGGCUCUUUGGGGAGACGCUCUGCCGUGUGGUGAAUGCCAUUAUCUCCAUGAACCUGUACAGCAGCAUCUGUUUCCUGAUGCUGGUGAGCAUCGACCGCUACCUGGCCCUGGUGAAAACCAUGUCCAUGGGCCGGAUGCGCGGUGUGCGCUGGGCCAAGCUCUACAGCUUGGUGAUCUGGGCAUGCACGCUGCUCCUGAGCUCACCCAUGCUGGUGUUCCGGACCAUGAAGGAGUACAGUGACGAGGGCCACAACGUCACUGCUUGCGUCAUCAGCUACCCAUCCCUCGUCUGGGAAGUGUUCACCAACAUGCUCCUGAAUAUCGUGGGCUUCCUGCUGCCCCUGAGCGUCAUCACCUUCUGCACGAUGCAGAUCAUGCAGGUGCUGCGGAACAACGAGAUGCAGAAGUUCAAGGAGAUCCAGACAGAGAGGAGGGCCACGGUGCUGGUCCUGGUUGUGCUGCUGCUAUUCGUCAUCUGCUGGCUGCCCUUCCAGGUCAGCACCUUCCUGGACACGCUGCAUCGCCUCGGCAUCCUCGCCAGCUGCCGGGACGAGCACAUCAUCGAUGUAAUCACACAGAUCGCCUCCUUCAUGGCCUACAGCAACAGCUGCCUCAACCCACUGGUGUAUGUGAUUGUGGGCAAGCGCUUCCGAAAGAAGUCUUGGGAGGUGUACCAGGGAGUGUGCCAGAAAGGGGGCUGUAGGUCAGAAUCCAUUCAGAUGGAGAACUCCAUGGGCACACUGCGGACCUCCAUCUCGGUGGAACGCCAGAUUCACAAACUGCAGGACUGGGCAGGGAGCAGACAGUGAGCAAACGCCAGCAGGGCUGCUGUGAAUUUGUGUUAAGGAUUGAGGGACAGUUGCUUUUCAGCAUGGGCCCAGGAAUGCCAUGGGGACAUCCAUGCAUGACCUUGGGAAAUGAGUUGGUGUCUCCAGUAAAACACAGGAGAAUAAUUCCUGCCCUGCCCAAUUUUGCAGGGAGCAUGGCUAUGAGGAUGGGGUGAACUCAUGCACAGCCGAGGACUCCAUAAACACGACAGCAUUACUGUUCUUAUUUGCUGCCACACCUGAGCCAGCCUGCUCCUUCCCAGGAGUGGAGGGGGCCUGGGGACAGGGACAGGAGUGACUGAGCUUCCCUCCCACAUGGUGUCCCUCCCUGCCCCAGCAAGACAACUUAGAUCUCCAGGAGAACCACCAUCCAGCUUUGGUGCAAUGGCUGAGUGCACAAGUGAAUUGUUGCCCUGGGUUUCUUUAAUCCAUUCAGCUAGAACUUUGGAGGACAAUUUCUUGCAUUAAUGAAGGUUAAGCCCUGAGGGGUCCCUGAUAAGAACCUGGAGACCAGGAUUCUGUGGCACCCCUCACUGAUGGACAAGGUGGUCUGUGCCAAAGAAGAAUCCAAUAAGCACAUAUUGAGCACUUGCUGUAUAAGCAAUAUUGAGCACUGGAGGCAAGAGGGAAGAAAGAGAAGGAGCCAUCUCCAUCUUGAAGGAACUCAAAGACUCGACUGGGAAUGACUGGGCACUGCCACCGCCAGAAAGCUGUUAGAUGAGAUGGUUGAGCAUGGUGCUGUGGGUGAUAUGGACAGCAGAAAGGGAGAGCCCAAGGUUCCAGCUCAACCAAUAACUAUUGCACAACCACCUGUCCCUGCCUCAGUUCCCUCUUCUGUAACAUGAAGUCGUUGUGAGGAUUAAAGGCAGUAACAGGUAUAAAAGUACUUUGAAAAGCAAAGGGUGCUAUGUACAUGUGAGGCAUUAUUAUGCACAUGUAACUGGGAUAUGUUUACUAUAAGGAAAAGACACUGAGGUUUAGAAAUAGCUCCGUGGAGCAGAAUCAGUAUUGGGAGCCGGUGGCAGUGUGAAGUACCAGUGUCUGGCACACAGUAAGUGCUCAUUGGCUCCCUUCCACCUGUCCUCCCCACCACCCUGAGCCCCCAACUGCCACGCACACAUGAGCAUUUGGGGAGAAGGCCAUGUCUUCAAAGUUUGAUUUGUGAUGAGGCAGAGGAAGAAAUUUCUAAUCGGUCUUGCCCAGAGGAUCACAGUGCUGAGACUCCCACCACCAACGGGUACCUGGGGAGGGGGAGAGUGCAGGCCUGCUCAGGGACUGUUCCUCUCUCAGCAACCAAGGGAUUGCUCCUGUCAAUCAAUGGUUUAUUGGAAGGUAUCCCAGUACAAGCCCUAGAAGAGUGUGAGUAGGAAUGGCAAUGGCAUUCACCAUCAGCAGUGCCAGGGCAGCACUCAUUCACUUGAUACAUGAAUAUUUAUUAGCUGGUUGGAGAGCUAGAACCUGGAGAACUAGAACCUGGAGGGCUAGAACCUGGAGAGGCUAGAACCUAGAGGGGCUAGAACCUAAAGAAGCUAAAAUCUGGAAAGGCUAUAACCUGGAGAGCUAGAAGCUGGAGGGCUAGAACCUGGAGGGAAAGAACCUGGAAGGCUAGAACCUAGAGAGGCUAGAACCUAGAGAAGCUAAAACCCGGAGAGCUAGAAACUGGAGGGCUAAAACCUGGAGAUCUAGAGCCUGAAGGGCUGGAAUCUGGAGAGCUAGAACCUGGAGGGCUAGAACCUGAAGGGCUAGAAUCUGGAGAGCUAGGAUCUGGAGGGUUAGAAUCUGAUGCGCUAGAACCUGGAGAGCUGGAACCUGAAGGGCUAGAACUUAGUCUAGAACCUAGAGAGCUAGAACCUGGAGGGCUAGAACCUAGAAGGGCUAGAACCUGGUGGGCUAGAAUGUAGAAGGGCUAGAAUCUGGAAAGCUAGAACCUGGAGAGCUAGAAUCUGGAAAGCUAAAAUCUGGAGGGCUAGAACCUGGAGAGCUAGAACCUGGCAGACUAGAACCUGGCAGGCUAGAACCUGGCGGGCUAGAACUUAGACGGGCUAGAACCUGGAGGGAAAGAACCUGGAGGGUUAGAACCUGGAGAAUGAGAAAAAUUUACAUGGCAAAGAGCCCAUAAAUCCUGACCAAUUCAACUCUGAAUUUUAAAGCAAAAGUGUCAAAAAAAGAUUCCCUCCUUACCCCCAACCCACUCUUUCUUCCCACCACCCACAUGCCUCUGCCCCAAUAAAUACCUGGAGAAAGAAAACAGGUGAAAGAAGAAGUAAAAACCAUUUAGUAUUAGAAUGAAGUCAAACUGUGCCAUACAUGAUGAAUGUAAAAAAAAAAAAGAGGCUGUGUUUUUUCACACAGGGCAAUCAUUCAUCAGCAGAGCACAUGAUGGUCUGAGACUCUCUUAGAAGCAGAGCUCUAUCCCAAUGGCCAUGUGGGGAUCCACACCUGGUCUGAGGGGCAACUGAGUCUGCGGGAGAAGAGCUGCCCUAUGCAUGGUGUAGAUGCCCUGAUAAAAAACAUCUACCCUGUGAAAGACUCAAAGAGCUGUUAUGUUGUAAACGGGAAGCAUUUCACAUCCGAAUGAGAAAAUGGAUGAAUCAUGUAAACAUGUGUCUUUUCUGUACUGCAUAAUAAAUGGAUGAAGUUUUUGCAUA